CGCGUCCCUUGUCGUUCGCAAUCGUCCACCAUGGCCUCCAGACUCUUCCGCGCCUACAACUCCGUCCUUCAGCGCCGACCGAUGCUUGCGCAAUGCGGUACGGCCGCGUUCCUGUUCGGCGCAGGCGACGUGCUGGCGCAGCAGGCCAUCGAGAAGAAGGGAAAGAAUCACGACCUGGCGAGGACAGCGCGACUGAGCUUCUAUGGAGGAUGUCUAUUCGGUCCGAUUGUCACGAAAUGGUUCCAGUUCCUGAGCCGGAUACAAUUCGCGAACAAAAAGCGGGGCGUGGUGUACAUGGUAUGGAUGGAUCAGUUCCUUCUGACUCCCGGGAUUGUCGCAUUCUUUUUCGGGUCCAUGUCUCUUCUUGAAGGCAAGGGCCUUGAAGGUGCCAAGGAACGUAUAAAAGAAAAUUAUGCUCCCACUCUCGUUAAGAACUGGGGUGUAUUUAUUCCUGCGCAACUUAUCAACUUCGGUCUAGUACCGCCUCACUUCCGUUUUGUCUUUGUCGGCGUGGUCAGCUUGUUCUGGAACACGUACCUCAGCGCCGUAAACGCGGCUGCAAAGAAGGAAGAGGACCCCGAUGCCAUUGCGGCAGGUGCGAAGGAGCUUGCAAAAGUGGAUUAAGCACCAUAACAUUGGCUUGCGCCCGCCUGCCUGCUCGGUGAAGGCAUCUCCUCGGCCAAGCGAUUGCGUACCACCAUCACUAAUGCCCUACUGUGAAUAGAUACAUGUACAUAUAAACGCUUGUGCUACGACGUUGAAACUUCUAAUCGGACGAAGGCUGCUUAAAAAACCACGCUCCCAAGUUUUACUCGUCGAGGAUUGUCCCGGCACGAUAGUUGCGCGUCAUAACGCGGGCGCGGUUGCACAAGAGGUCGUUCGCCGCAGCUCCGCGAUAUAUCCUCGCGCGUCAUACAUUCUAAACUGGUUCGGGGAAGUGACGACGUACUGCAAACGACUAGCAAUCAUCUGAUACGCACGUUGCCACUGCAUGUUUUUACGUCCCGAAGAGCGCAAAUCCGAGUGUCAAACCAAUACCAUCCUCUGGUUCCUCUCACUCCGCGUGGAUGAAUGGAAUACACCCGAGGUUGGCAAUUCAAUGCAGGGAGCUCGCCGGUCACUGCUGGGCUCUCGCCAGACGAGACGUCACUCGUUCUAUUCUGGUGAAGUCAUGUCAGUGAAGCAACAUCGCCAAAUGAUGAAGAGGUCUCACUUAAAGAAUGCAUUGUACUCUGCGUUCUCCUCGAGGUUCCACCCUAUCCAGUGCCACGCGAUGUUGACUAUCUACACGGCUCUGAUCUUCCUUUCAGUUGCGUUCGCCCAGAGCCCACCUGAAUGGAUACCUGCGUCGCAGAUUUCAGGCGCCGUCCGCU